AUGGCUUUCUACUUCAGUUUCCGACAAACCAUCUCUUUCRUAUAUGUAUUGUUCAUGAUAACAAUCAUAGUCACAUGUAGGGAUCCAUUACUAACCCUCGAUGAGGAGUGUUUGGUUUUGUUCCAAUUUAAGCAAAGCAUUCUUCRCCAAGAUUCAUCUUUCAGAKYCCCWCAGUUUUGGAAGUUUGCCUCAUGGAAUGYWUCARAYGAUGUUUUGGGUUGUUGUUUGURGGAURGGGUGGUGUGCGGUGAUCAUGGCCRCCAUGUGAUUGGUCUUGACUUGAGCAAAAGCUUUCUUCGUGGCCCUAUYAACUCUACUACCYUYCUCUUCCGCCUUGUUCAUCUUCRAACGCUCAACCUAGCCAAKAAUGACUUUSYUGAAUCUCAAAUCCCAUCUGAAAUCGGGCGCUUAAAGCUGUUAAAAAGCCUAAAUCUCUCCUCUUCUGGAUUCAGUGGCCAAAUUCCUCGAGAGAUCUCACARUUGAUACAAYUGUCUUUGUUAGAUUUGUCAAGGAAUAMRCUAGAGCUUCAAAKUCCUAGUCUUGAGAAUCUAGUGCAAAACUUAACUCGRCUUGAAGAWCUYGAUCUCUCRGGGGUUGACAUUMGCUCUUCGGUACCUGAUUUUUUGGGCAAYUUUUCUUCCUUGAGGUUUAUAAAUCUCAGUGAUUGUUGGCUUCAGAAUGAAUUCCCYACAACCAUACUUCAACUGCCAAAGCUUAAAGUUCUUGACUUGGGAAAGAACAUGGACCUCACUGGUUCCUUGCCUGAAUUUCGUAACAACAGCUUACUCGAGCAUUUGAUUCUAUGGAGCACAAGUUUCUCUGGGGAUAUACCAGAAUCCAUCGGUAGCCUAACCCACUUGAUCACACUGGAUCUUUCGUUGUGCUUCUUCUCAGGACCCCUUCCAAGUGAAGUUGCUAACAUGACACAACUCGUUCAAUUGACUAUUGGGUUUAAUGAGUUCACAGGAACCAUUCCUUCAUUGGUAAGCCUUUCGAAACUUGUUGUUUUAGAAUUUUCUAAUAACAAGUUUGAAAAUUGGAGCCAACCCAACUGGAUUGAGAAAUUGACUGAGCUCGAAGAGUUGUAUGGAUCUCGGGGGAACAUAUUCGGUGAAAUCCCCUCCUUUAUUUCAAACCUAACAAAGCUUAGAAUUUUCGAUAUGUCACGUAAUUCUCUUUCUGGUCAUAUCCCAUCAUCGUUUAUGAACUUGACCCAACUAAGGUUCGUAGACCUUGCAAAUAAUCAAUUACAAGGACCAAUUCCAAGCUUAUUUUCCAAUUUCAAAAGUCUCCAAAUUCUCCGCUUGAAUGAUAACAUUUUUAGCGGCAAAGUAUACUUAGACAAGUUCCUAGGACUUCACCAACUCAAAAGUCUAUUUGUAGGUUUUAAUAAGAUAUCAAUUGUGGAUACAAACAACGUAAAUGCCACCCUACUAGAAUUAGAAGAUCUAGGAUUGGCAUCAUGCAACUUAAAGGAAUUUCCCACCUUUUUGAUUUCCCAACGUAARCUGACAACCUUGUUUCUCGACCACAACAAAAUCGAUGGUCUCGUGCCCGUGUGGAUUUGGAAAAGUAGUCUGGAAACACUAAAAACUAUUGACCUAUCGUACAACUUAAUAAUUGGCUUUCAUCGACAUCCCCGUGUUCUUUUAUGGGUUCGUUUGGAAACAUUAAUCCUUUCACAUAACAAGUUACGUGGAUGGGUGCCGGUUCCACCACAGUCGGUUAUCAUUUAUGAUGUCUCAGAUAAUAAUCUGACAGGAGAAGUACCAUCAUUGAUAUGUGAAGUAAGGUCUCUUAGACUGCUAGAUAUGUCUUCUAACAGCAUGACAGGAAGGCUUCCUCCAUGUUUAGGCAGCUUAAGCAAUUCCUUGUCGGUUUUGGAUCUCAAACGGAAUAAAUUUCAUGGCUCAAUUAUCAACACCUUUUCGCAUAGAUGCCGGUUAAAGAGGCUUGAUUUGAGUGAAAACCAAUUUCAGGGCCGUGUGCCAAGAUCAUUGGCAAACUGUACCCAUUUAGUAGUUCUCUCUCUUGGAGAUAACACUUUUGAUGAUGUCUUUCCAUCUUGGAUGGGAAGUCUUGUCGAGUUGCAAGUGCUUAUUCUYCGUUCCAACAAGUUCCAUGGGGCGAUGGAGGGCCCGAUAGAUGAUAGUUCACAGUUCCCGAAGAUGCGAAUCAUUGACCUCUCAAACAAUGGUUUUAGUGGUCGAUUGCCCCAUAAGUACUUCCAAAUUUGGAACGCCAUGAAAUCUGUCUAUGCUGGAAAAUCAUCUGUGAUGCAAAUAGAGAUAAUGGGCACAGUGUUUGUACACAAAGGAGAGUGGCCAUACUCGAUGACAUUGGUAAACAAAGGUGUCAAGACCGAGUACCAACGUAUUCUAGACAUCUUCACAGCGAUCGAUCUAUCUUGCAACAAUUUUAAAGGAAAGAUCCCAGAGUCACUCCACGAUCUUCAAGGGCUUGAAUCACUUAAUCUUUCCAAUAACCAUCUUACGGGACGUGUCUUGCCAUCCUUGGAAAACCUAAAGAAUCUUGAAUCGUUGGAUCUUUCGCAAAACGAGCUAUCGGGAGAACUUCCUCAAGAACUGUUGCAACUUGGCUUCCUUGCCAUUUUGAAUGUAUCAUUCAACCAUCUUAWUGGUCGCAUACCUGAAGGAAAACAAUUCAAUACAUUUGAAGWCARCUCCUAUGUYGGGAAUCCUGGAUUGUGUGGAAAACCUUUGUCUAAGGUUUGUCGGAAUUCAGUGGCAACGAGUGAUCACAAUAAAUCUGAGUCCCUCAGCUUCCUACGUGGAAGAGUAGAUUGGAUGGUCACAUUUUUGGGACUUGGAAGUGGAAUGGUGGUUGGAAUUGUUAUUGGGAACAUUUUAUAUACAAGGUACGUUCAGAGCUUUAUUGAGCGAUUCAGGAAGAAGAACGACGGUUCGAUAAGGCCACUCGGUUACCGGAGGAGAAACUAA